AAUGGACUCUUCGCAGCACCCAAGUGCGACCGCAAUGACUGCUUCGAAGCGAGUUCGUAUCUUCACUACUGAAGAUGUUGCCAACCACAAGUCUUCGGGUAGUUGUUGGGUCGUUCUUCACGGAAAGGUCUACGAUGUGACUGCGUUCAUUCCUGACCACCCAGGAGGCGAAGACUUUAUUCUGAAGAACGCCGGAAAGGACGUGGAAAAUAUCAUGAAGGAUAAGGAUUUGCACGACCAUUCGGAUGCAGCGUAUGACAUGUUGGAGGAGUACGUGAUCGGUCGUUUGGGUACUGAGGCAACGACCGUCAGUGAUGACUGGCAAGCUACUGACGACUUCAAGCCGGAAGAUACGGAUUCCGCUGAAGACUUCGCCAAAACGCAAUUCCUCGACUUGCGGCAACCGUUGCUUUGGCAAAUGUGGCGGGCGAAUUUCAGUAAAUCAUACUACCUUAAACAAGUUCACCAACCGCGUCACUUGAAGCGGUCAGCGCGUUUGUUCGGUCCCGAUGUUCUAGAGGUGUUCACCCGCACGGUAUGGUAUGUCGUACCUGUGGUAUGGCUACCCAUAGCCAUCAAUUUAUUUGUGCGCUCGAUGUUGCAGUUCAACAUGCCCUUACCCUCGUUUUGGGACAAUCCGAUAUACCCGUUCUUUAAGCUAUCUUCAUUGGCAUCGGACAUGUUCAUGAAAACCCUGCCGUGCUUUUUGCUCGGGAAUCUUAUCUGGACCUUACUGGAGUACGGAAUGCAUCGGUUCCUCUUCCACAUCGACGACCUCUUACCUGACAAACCCGUCUUUUUGACACUACAUUUCCUGCUACAUGGUAUCCAUCAUUAUAUGCCAAUGGACCGCUUGAGGCUUGUCAUGCCGCCGGUCUUGUUUGCAGUUCUCCAGGCGCCGUUCACUCGUCUGGCGUACAUACUGUUCCCGACUGCCGUUGCUAAUGGCAUAAUUUCCGGCUCGUUCACUUUCUAUGUCAUUUAUGAUUGCAUGCAUUACGCAUUGCAUCACACGAUGCUCCCGGCCUACAUGCGCGAGAUGAAGAAAUACCACCUUGCUCACCACUACAAAAAUUUCGAGCUUGGUUUCGGGGUUACGAGUAAAAUAUGGGAUUACGUCUUUAAUACUGUCCUCCCAGUUUGAAUCGGGUAAUUCUCCACUCCGUUGCAAUGUUUUUCAUAUAUAUGUCCUAUUUACCCAUCCCGUUGCCUAUAUUACAUUCUUCGAGAGAUAAUAAGAGAGACACCAGUUUCUUUUUUGCAUUGCAUGUCUGGCGGCGAUUAUCAUGCAGGAGCGUGGAUACCUUUCAAAUAUGCGAUCCGGAAU